UUGUGUGCUGUCACUCCGCUCCGACCACCCCGAGCAGUCGCACGAGCUAGGGCUCGCGGCGCCCUAGGCCUCACCAGUACACAGGCCAUCGGCUUCGCACACAGGGCCCGGCGGAUAAAAGAGAUGGAAAUCGUGCCCGAGGGAAAAAACUUUCGUUUGCUGAAAGAAGACGAGCUCCCAGAGGUUGCCGAUUACUUGGUGCAGUAUAUGCCUGAAUCACUUAAGUUUCAUCAGACGAUUCAAACAUAUCUGAACAAUAAGGUGUGGGACUUCCAUUUUUAUGUAGCGAAGAAUUGGCCCGAGGACCCCAUCUGCUUACAUUUCCCUGGCUGCACUAGCACGCCAAACAGUCACAUCUACGAGAGCGUGACCAUCUUCUGUCCGUCGGACCGCGCGGAGCUGGUGGACCUGCUGACCGACGACGACCAGCUGCUGGAUCCAACGCGGCCGCUGUACCUCAACUUCACGCACGAGGCCAUCGUCCAACGCUUCGAGCGGUGCUACGAGGCGCACGACAAGAUAACCGGCGAUGUGUACGUGUGUGACAACCCGCCUGAUGAUGAUGCGGACGAACUGCCACCGGACGUGGAGUUAGUCCGUCUCCAGCCGGAGCACAUGAAGGCUGUUCACGAUCUCUACCCAGCCAGCGACAUCGAGGGCCGGGAGAUAUUCGAGAAGCUGGUCGCCGAACUCCCAGCGUACGGCAUCUUCGUGGAGGGCCAGCUAGCCGCCUGGAUGGUCCAGUCCUACUACGGCGCCAUGUUCUCUAUGCAGACGAAGCCGGAGUUUAGGAGGAAAGGCUACGGCAUCUUCCUGGCCAGGAAACUGACCAAGGAAGUCGCGGCCCGAGGCUACAAACCCUUCGUGGUUAUCCGACCUGAGAAUGACCCCUCGCGUUCGCUGUACGCGAAACUCGGCUUCGAGAAACGCUAUCGGACGGUGCGCGCCGUCCUACGUCCCCGCUAAUAAAGUUGAUGAUUAGCAGAUUUUAUUUUUUUAAGACUUUUGAGAUUAGCUUGCGAUCUUUGAUCGCUUAGAAUAGAUUAGUGGCUACAGGGAAACGGCUAGCGGCUCUCUACGCGUAGAAUUUUCAGGUAUCAAACGAAUGAAAUUGACUUAGCGUUCACACCGAGAUGAGAGGCAAUUUUCAAGAAGAUUCAAAUUGAACUGCAUUUACUAUAUGAGAAAACACACUUUCAAUACAAUUCGAAUUUCCUGUAUAAUGUAGGUAACUUAUAUCUUGUUAUGAGGUAAAUUUUGAAUCGCACUAAAAACGCAGCGUAUCGAUAUUAUGUUGCUAGUGUCUUCUUGCGCACUAUAAACAAGUAACAUCAUAUCGAGCCCUGCGUUUUUAUCGCGCUAAAAUCGCAGCGUUUCUUGUCUCGGUGUGAGCUGACUGUCGAGAGCUCUGGCCGGCCGCUGAGUUUCGGUGCAAGCCUCAAUCUACGAACGGCACUAACCGCGGAUUACAAAUGUCGUAUUCCGAUGACCUUCUAUGGCCUUUGUUUUUUAUUUAAGGCUAAUCAGGAUUAGUUCGGAUACAGGAUAAAUGGUAAUACCAGAUGAUCCAAAACAUUGGUAAAUCCACCUAACGCUUAAUCAACAGCUGCGUGGCACUACGGUGCAUACGCCAUUUUAGGCGAACAAAUUACUCGCUGAUUUGGCUUUACCAUGAAUAAUCUGGAUUUACCCUGGGUCCUUUACCCUGAUUAGCUCUAUAUAUUCUACGGAACCGACUCUUGUAAUCCCUGAAGUUAGUUUCAUUUAGGCGAUCGCUUCUUUGUCUAAUGGAGUGAUAGUAGGGACCUGUUAUGAUCUGUGUGAUAGCUAAGGACAUAACGAACGGCGUUAUCAUUAUAGAAAUCAUGUUGAUAGUAAGUUAUUGAUCGCGAAUUAUUAAGGCCAAUUUUACCUCUACACGACUAAACAAUUCAGUGGGUCAAUGUCGGCAUAAUAUAACUAUUUAUUAUUAAAAAUGUAGGACGUUUUUAGUUUAAAACACUCUCUAAUUUUAAAAAAUGUUUUUUUUUUUUUAAAACAAAAUGCCCACCAAAAUGACACAAACUAGCACAACGCAAUGACCUAAGUGAGCACUUCAAAUAAAGAACGAAUUCAGUUUAAAAAUGGAAUACGGAUCGACCAAAAAUAUUUAACCAUCCACUUAACAUGAGAAAUGUAGGUAACGAAGAAUUUUGAACAUCUAUACCUUCUAUACAUCGCGUAGGCCACAGAUAGAUUUUUGAUAACAUCAUAAUAUGAAACAUAAGUUUUUUAUUCCUUUUUAUACUGUAACUUAUAGGUUUUGAUAUUUUAUCUUUUUUAGGGAAGCGUGAAGGUUAAAAGCCGGUGUGAUAGAUAGCGUGUUUUAAACUCACCACCAUGUUACUCAUAUAUAGAGAGAUUAGACGGUUCUUAGCUUGAGUAGGGUGCCCAUCCAUGAUCUCAGUAGAAAGCCGCCUAUUAACUAAUAUUAAUAUGUGUCGUAAGUAGUAACACGUACGAAAUAUCUGUGAACUUGAUUUUAUAACUUUAUUGUAUCUAGCCUAGUCCUAGAGAUAUUUCGCUUGGAUAGUACCUAUUGUAUCACCCUACUCAAGCAGACAUUUCGUACUAUAGUAAAAAUUGACAAGAGUUUAAAAAAAAUCAACACGAUACGAAAAGUAGGUAGGUAGGAUUUCUAAUAUUAUAAACUAAAAUAUUAAGUUCUUUAACGAUUUUACACUUACAUUCGAUAGAAAGAUCAAAAACUUGAGAUAAUGUAAGCGCGCUAUAAUUGUUUGCUGUGUCAAUUUUGAACUCUGCUACCUUGAAAUAAGUACCGAGUAAUAAUGUCUUAUAAAGUAAGAAACGUCAUUAUAGCGCGAUUAGACAAUUUUGAGAGUUGAGUUCUAUUACUUGUAUAAGAACCACUAUGACUAUGUUGAAGUACCUAUGAUAAUUUAAUUAUUUUAGACAAAAUUGAGUUUGUGACUAUUUUAGUAUUUCAAUUAUUUAUUUCGUAUAAACAUAAGGCUAUGUCUUCCUAAAGACUGGAUAGAAAUGACAGUGAAUAAUGUAACGGCAUGGGCUUGGAUGAUUAAACAUCGUUUAUAAGCACUUUUUAACACUGGCACUGUGCUUAAAUUUUUGCUCAAUUGGGAACUUCCACCACUCAUUAAAACAACGCUGUGCAAUUAUUAAAAAAAGUUUUUAAUUCAGAACGUAAAAACUAUUUUAUUACCAGCCCGCAACACGAAAUUCUCUUUUAGUGUUUCCUAAGUAUAAGGUGCAUAACAACUUGCUUAUUUUAAUAAGUGAACGAUUAAAAUUAUAGUUAAAAGGUUGGUUUACUUUCUGUGUCUCAAUCUGGCAUAAAAUUGUUUAGAAAAGUAACCCACUUUUGUGCCCAGUUGCAAAAUUUUACAGCCUGCUUUAAGUAUUGUAACUUGCAAUAGGAUUAUUACUAAAUUUGACAAUGUUUUUUAUUACUGAUGCAAUAGGUAAAGGUACUGGAACAGCGUUUUUUAGACUACUUAUGUGAUACCAAAAUAAACAACAAAAAUCGGACGUGUUAUAAAACGUAGCUACACAGCUUCAUGAUGUACACCAAACAAAUUAUGGACCUAACUUAAAACUUUUCCUUAUAACUGGGCAGUCCCUGUUCACGAAAAAGUUUUCAAAGUGGUUGAACAGGCAUAAUAUAGUCGAUAUGACCGUUUCACCGAAACAGAUUUUUUCUGAUCCAGUACCAAAAGCAUACCUAUAAAAUCUAGACAGUAAUUUCGACUCAAUACUUGCAAUCGUCAUCCUACAUGCCAUCAUGCAAUGCUUAUUCACUUUCCUAAUAGUUAAUCCCUAUAAAUACGAGUAAGUAGUUUGUGAUUCUCUCGAGAUUAAAUAUAAGACAAUUUUCUCACUCCAUUUCUUACAAUGAAGCUAAAGGACAUGUUCCGUCCUCAAUAUGGCAGUUGAAAUUGUAUUUGCGGCAUAUUUUUGAAAUUCAGCAGCUACACAAAAGAUUGUAGUUCGUUCUGUAUUGUUUAUCACAUACUUAUUAUACUUACCUUUCAAAGGUGGAAUAAAAUGAUAUAUUAUA